AUGCCUUUCGAGCUUGGAUCUACCAUACAUGACUCUUCUCACGAUGUUACUUACAGAUUGAUACAGCCCUUGGGUAAUGGAUCGUAUGCUGUUGUAUACAUGGUCCACAGUAGCAAGGAUAAUAAAUUGUACGCUCUCAAAUGUUUGUCCAAAGCAAAUUUGUCCGAAUACCAUUUGUCAGUGCAGAGAAAUGAGGCAACACUCCAUCAACGACUUACUUCUGGUAGAGUCAAGCACGAGAAUCUUGUCACACUUAACUAUUCGUUCGAAACCAGAGAUUGGCUAUUCCUCGUUCUUGAAUACUGUGAAGGUCAAGACCUAUAUUAUUGGCUUACGCAGAGCAACAGCAACGAUACGAUCGCAAAACUCUACUACUCUUCACGAGCACAUCUCGAAGUUGUGAAACAGAUCUUUGAGCAAAUCCUGGAGGCAGUCGGUCAUUGCCAUGACAACGAUAUUGCACAUCGCGAUUUGAAACCAGAGAAUUUCAUUGUCAUUACGAAGAAUGGCAAAAAUGGCAAAAAUAGUAUUCAUGUGAAACUGACGGACUUUGGCUUGGCUACCGACGAGAUUGAGUCUGUAGAUUUCGAAUGUGGUUCAAAGCCCUACAUGAGCUACGAAUGUCGUAAUCCCGUUCGCAAGACGUACAACCCGCGUCGGGCUGACGUUUGGUCAUUGGGCAUCAUAUUCUUGAAUCUCUUGUACCAUCGUUCACCGUGGACGGACCCUAAUGAGACCGAAUGCAAAUCUUUUGCAGAAUUUCAACUUGAUAAAAUCGCCUUCUUGAGGCAACGGUUUCCGACUAUGCCCGAAAAAGUUGCCCGAUUUUUAGCAGAUCGCGUUUUCUGUUUCGAAGAGUCCCGUGUCAGCAUUAAGGAAUGGAAAAUUUGGUGCAAGUAUUUGGUAGAAAGGAUGCUCUCGGAAGAUGUUGACGAAGAACUUAUCGUAACUGAUGCUAUCGUUACUAAGGAGUGGGCAGCUUCUGACUUUAAUAAGACACCACUUACUGAUAACUAUGAGAAUCACGACCGGAAACAGUCGUGGUCCGAUGCUGUUGAUGAGGAAUUCGAAGAGAUGGAUUUCUCUGCUCCUGUUAUUUUCAACGACGAUGAGGACUUGCUUCGACUUGAAAAAGAGAAAGAAAACAUCAAACAGAAAGAUUCAAGAAAAGUUUCUUUUGAAGAUCUCGAACAUCCCACCAAGGAUGAAGACGGUCUUUCGAAUAGUAGCGAUACAGACUCUGGUUUCGGUUCUGACGACGGUUCCACCAAGCGACGACCUCGUGAUUAUAGUUCGGGGUCUAUGCGCAUCCGAGACAGGAAUACUAACAAGGAGUCUUCUACAGUUUCUCAGGCAAAAGUCAUUUACUGCAAACCUCGACCUUGGGGUGAGCAACGGGCUCGCGGACAUCAGCGUGAAGCAGCUAAUGACUACUCUACCAGUCCUAAUAGCCAUUGGUCAUCCUACCAUCAACGACGAGAACGUCUGGAACAAAGACGCAAAGAAAAGGAAGAACAAGGACAACACGAGAAGCAUCAGGAAAAACAUCGUGAUUGGUGGGGUCAAGAGCGUCUACCUGGGUCUGGAUUCACUAACUUUAAGCAAUCUGGUCAUGUCGAUAAUCAACCCUCCUGGCCAGUUAACCAUUCAUUCCCUCGCCGCACUCGUGCUAAGAGCAUUUCUCGUUCUCCAAAUGAGAAAUCAUUUGUCAAUACUGAUGGCGCAACAGACCAUGUUCGUCGGAGGGAAUUACCUUUGGCCGCUCCGCUGAGAUCCAGGGUCCCCCCCCAUAACCAUGAACCAUAUGCUGAUCCUUCUUCGCCAUCAAGAUUUCCUCACAGGAGAAGUUCUGAUAAGAGUCACCCGAACGCUCAGUCUGCGAAUUAUGUAGUUGAGGGUCCAAAGAAAGUCACCAAGACCACAAAACAUUCGUUGGGUCGCAUGUUAGAGAAGAUGGUAAUGUUUAAUCGAAAUGUCAAAGUUGGUGGACAAGCCAUUGAUGUUCAGUAG